AUGGCUACCAAGGCGUCCUGGGAGGUCGAUCCCGAAACGCGCAGUAAGCUGUCGCAGAUUCAAAAGAAGGAGGGCGCUGGCAAUGACAAGUGCUGCGACUGUGGCGCUCCCUCUCCGCAAUGGGCCUCCCCAAAAUUCGGCAACUUCAUCUGCCUCACCUGCGCGGGCACGCACCGCGGCCUCGGCGUCCACGUCUCCUUCGUCCGCUCCAUCAGCAUGGACGCCUUCAAAUCGGCCGAGAUUGCGCGCAUGGACAAAGGUGGCAACAAGCGGUGGCAGGACUUCUUUACGGAGAAAAACCCCGGCGGCGCCAGCUUCGACGAGUGCACCGUCAAAGAGCGCUACGACUCCGAGGUCGGCGAGGAGUGGAAGGAGAGGCUGAGCGCCGAGGUCGAAGGGAGGGAGUUUGAUGAGGCCGCGGCGGAGAAGGAGGCGCAACAACAACAACAACAACAGCAAAAUAAAAACGGGAGUCGAAAUCAGAGUCGGAGCGCGACGCCAUUGGGAGGCGGGCGCGCUGGCGGAGGGUCCAGGAAUGAAAGCCCCGCGCCUGGGGCCCUGAAGAAGGGCCCCUCCGGCCUGAGCGCCGAGCAGAAGGCGCAGAACGAGGCGUACUUUGCGCGCAUGGGCGAGGCGAAUGCGUCCCGGCCCGAAGGGCUCGCGCCGAGUCAGGGUGGGAAAUAUGCUGGCUUUGGCAGCGCGCCGCCGGAGGCGGUGGGCGGCGCGCAGCAACAGGGCGCCGGUGGUGGUGUCAUGCCCGGUGCGGACGAAUUUCAGAAGGACCCGAUCGCCGCGCUUGGCAAGGGAUUCGGCUGGUUCGGUGGCAUGGUCAGCAAGCAGGCGAAGCUGGUUAAUGAGAGCUACCUGCAGCCGACGGCGAAGAAUAUCGCAUCAUCGGAUUUUGCAUCGCAGGCGCGCAGUGGCCUGAUGGCCGCGGGCCAGGGCAUUCAGUCUGGCGCCAAGGGCGCGGCCGACGGGUUCAACAAGUUUAUUGAGGGACAGGAUGAGGGUGCCGCAAGAGUGGCGGCACGAGGCGGCGCGGGCGGCCGCAACGUAGAGCCGGAGAAGAAAGACUUUUGGGAUAGUUUUGGUCAGGGUGCCACGGAGCAGAAGGGGGGGAGUAGUAGUGGGAGUUUGGGCACGAGUGCGAUGAAGAAGAAUGCUGGGGGUGCGUCGCAGCAGCAGCAGCAGCAGGGGAAGAAAGAUGAUGGCUGGGGAGAUGAUUGGUGA